UUCCACCCGGACGCUUUUCGGAGGUGCACACGUUACAAUGGCGUCAUGCGCGAUGAGCAGAGACCCCGAUGAUGAAGCGAUCGAUCCCGGAGCUGCUCCUUACGGAAACUUUAUCAACUACUACACCUUCAACCCUCCGGAGAACCGCCUGAGUCUGAUCCCGACCUCCCUGCUGCAGGAUUUAGGCCUCAGCGAGCAGCGGAAAACCCUGAUCCUGGAUGUGGGCUGUAAUUCAGGGGAGCUGAGCGUCGCCUUUUACCAGCAUCUGGUGCAGGAUCCUGCCAGCAAAGAGGAGUCUGACAGGAGGAUGGUUCAUCUCCUCGGCUUCGACUUGGAUGAAGCCCUCAUUCGGCGUGCGCAGCAGACCAAUCCUCUCCACGACAGCAUCACCUUCAUCCCUCUGGACGUCACCGGAGACACCGACCGGCUGCAGGACUACCUCCACCAGCACGGCUGCUCCCGCUUCCACCUGAGCCUGUGCCUGGCUGUCACCAUGUGGGUCCACUUAAACCACGGGGACUCCGGUCUGCUGCUGCUGCUCUCUCGCCUGGCCUCCAUCAGCCAGCACCUCCUGCUGGAGGCCCAGCCCUGGAAGUGUUACCGCUCCGCAGCCCGACGGCUCAGGAAGCUGGGCCGCUCAGACUUUGACCAUUUUAAGACGCUGGAGAUCCGGGGGGACGUGGCGGAUCACGCCAGGGAGCAUCUGGAGAGACGCUGCGGCAUGGAGCUCAUCCAGAGCUUCGGCAGCACUGCAUGGGACCGGAAGCUGAUGCUGUUCAGGAGGAGAUGAGACUCAGAGACACUUUCAGCUGCUGCAGAAGAGAUGUUCAAGAAAGCUGGACACUACAGUGAAGCUGGAUGAUUAGUUGAUCAACGUGUAUAAACUCAAGUCACUUCACACAGUUGGCACUAUUGAUCAGAUUCAUCAAUAAUGACUAGUGGGGCUACAACCGAUGAUUAAAUUCAUUAUUAAUCUGA